AUGUCUACAGAUGACGAACGACUCAUCGAAUUCCGCAACGCCACGAACUUUCGAUCCGUCAAGCGUGCCGACCCAUCCAUAUCAGCAAUCUUAGAGACCAGUGUAUACAGUGUCGUAUACCACUAUGAUGAGAGGAGCGAGAGAUGGGAGAAGCAGAAGAUGGAGGGACCGCUUUUUGUCGUCCGCAGGGAGAAGACGCCGGAAUAUCAACUGUAUAUGCUCAACCGACAAACAGUCAAGAACCCCGCUAUCCCAUUAGUACCCGGAGAGAUGAAGAUGACGGUUAUUGACGACGGAAUGCUGCAAGUUGCCCGUCGUGGAGAGAAGACGAGAAUCGGAAUCUGGUUCAGUGAGGGACAUGAGCAAGUCGAAACGUUCCGAGCCGCCAUCCUCGCGAUCGUUGGUCAACCGUCCAAAAAGACUCCCGCUGUGACCUCACCGCAAGUUGCUCCGAAUGCCCCCUCGCAAUCUUUUGCCCAGCAGCCAUCGCAGUCAACGCAAGAAGAUGGUCUUAGCAAGCUCUUUGCCGGCCUACUUCCACCUAUCAACGGGAAUGCUGCAUUCUUGGGUGGGGCGCCCGCUCCUCAAAGUGUUUCGCAGGGGCCUACACCAAGGGAGGAGCGACCCGCCCCUCCCCUGCCAUCACACAGGCCCAGCCCCGCACCUGCCCCUCCCAUUUUGUCUCAUCCUCAAUAUCAAUCUCAGCCUCAGGCGCAGUACCAGGUCCCGCCACCGACGCAGAUACAAGCGUCCGUCUCUGUCACGAUGCCAACGGCUCCCCCUCUCCCUGACUCGACGGCACUCGCGCCAACGAGCGAGAACAAGUUGGAGACAGCCGACGACUUGCUGGCUAGUAUCUUGGGCACUGUUCCCCUACCUCCACGGUCUGUACCGGCCCCUGUGGCACAGAGGGUUUCACCGCCUGCCCCGGCUUCGGUGCAGCCCCAUCGCCAAUAUACGCCCCAGCCUAGUCAUCCGGUGCCACAAGCAGCAGCUUCCCCUGCAAAUGCUUUCCAGCGGCCACAGAACUACGCCGGACAGCAUGGCUACGUGUCUCCUCAAGGGCAGCAACCUCAGAUAGCUACUGAGCCGCUUGUACGCAAGUCGUCCAGGAUUGGAGACGCGACCUUUGCUCAGGCCGCUACUGCUGCUUGUUUCUCUGGAGUGUCCGAAUCUUCGGGCAUCCCAGGAUCUCCUUCCAACCUGCCCCAAUACAAUCAGUCUCAAUACAAUGCCACCCACACCGGCUACCCUUCUCAACCGUUCACUUACAACAAUGGCCAACGCACCGUCUCUCCCCUCCCCCCUCGACCUACCCAACUAAGCGGAUACAGGCCCAACGCUGAAGGAAAGGCCGUCAUGGCAGAAGCGGUGACGGACGUUAUCGUGAAGAAGGAGCAACAGGAGAACGUAAGGAUUUGGGGUGUAGAGUUGAGUGCCGAACAGAGAAAGCUAGAGUUCAAGAGGAGACUUGUCGAUCUGAUGAUGACGGACGAGGAGUUUAUUGAUGAUUUAUGGAAUUCUUAUCUGGAAAGGAUGGCCGGUAUGAGGACGGCACCCAAAGCGGCGAAUGGGUGGUUUGAGGGGUAG